AUGUAUCAUGGGUGGAACACGCUCAAAACAAAAACUCUGGGCGAGUUCAUCCUAAGCAUUGAUCUUCAAACCCUAAAACUUUUAGUAAAAUCUGAUGUCGAGCUUUUGUCAUUAGGUGAAAUUUCAUGGAAUGACUCGGUGAGCAAUGUGAACCGUCCAUCCGAAGAGUUGGGCUUGAAGAACUACUCGAUGAAAUACAUCCAGACGGACGCGUCCAUCACGUUCGGAAAUUCUGGCGGACCCCUCGUCAAUCUCGACGGACAUGUCAUCGGAAUUAACAACCUUCGGCUUACUUCAGGAAUCUCGUUCGCUAUCCCUGUAGGCGUUACGAAGGAAGUCAAUCUAUCUAUAAAUCAGAUUUUCAUAAAAAAAUUGUUAGUUGGAAAACUAUCCAAGACAAGGGGAUUAAAUUAUGUUAAUUAUCGACAAUGGUAUGGAUAA